CAUUCACGAGCCACAGUGAGCUUGCGUCUUUGUGUGACGAGGAGGAAACGAGCCUCUCUGCUCGGCGCAUCAGCGAAAACAAGAGAAGCUGCAUUCGAGUUUGAUUUGGUUAUAUAUCCAUUGGUCCUCACUCGCAUUGUUGUUUUUCACCAUCACCACACAUCACUCACUGUACUUGCUUUCCAAUUGAACUAUCAUCGAUAGCAUUCCGAAAAUAAUCGAGUCAACAUGCGUUAUCAACUUACCCUUCCAGUGCUCACUACGAUCCUGUCAUCCGUGGCCGUUCGUGCCCAGGAUAUUGACUACAACCAAAUUCCGGCUCGCUGCCGUGACGUCUGCAACCCUGUCGCGGCUCUGACACAGUACUGCGAUCGCAUCGGCGACAACAACAACAACGACGACGACGAUGAUGACUAUAUCGGCUGCGUGUGCAACUACCCCAACGCGAACUUCCAAGUGCCAUUGUGUGAGGCAUGCAUCCGCAGUGUUGAGACAGACGACAAUGAUGCCCGAGACAUCAUUGAGACCUGCCGCUUCACCACCACUUCGUAUACUGCUGGAGCGACACUUGCCGCUGGACGAAAUAUGGUUGAUGCUCUUUGCAAGAAAGGUCAGGAGCUCUGCAUGGUCGCGAGUACCGUUGUACAUGAGAAGCCGAUCGAUCUGUGAUAUAAUGAUGGGUUCAGAUAUCCACACUAAUGAUGAAAUGGAAAUGCUUGAAUGAACUUCAAACUGGUGGCCCUCCGUUUCAGCGCUGGCAGUGAUGCUUCCAAGGAAUGGCGAUUGCCGUGACCACCUGCAGGAUGUGUUUGGAAGACGACAGUGGGUGACAAGGUCAUCGAUUUCCGUGGAAGGACUGGAGGCC